AUGAAAGUUUUGAUUAUUUUUGCCCACCCGGAACCCCAAUCUCUCAAUGGCGCACUCCAUAGAGUUGCUGUAGAAGAGCUGGAAGAACAAGGUCACCAUGUCCAGGUCUCCGAUCUGUACAAGAUGAAGUGGAAGUCAGAAGUGGAUCGUGAAGACUUUCCGAAUUUUCCAAAGGACCAACGGCUCGACCUGUGUGCAUUGUUGGUGGGGAUCGUUGGAGGCGGAAAGGUGCUUGAGGACAUUGGGGCCAAUAAUGAUUUCGACUUACUUGCUAGUUACGGCUACGCUAACUUGGUGAUAUUUUGCAGGACCGCGUCAGCUGAAGCAUAUGCGGAGAAUUCCCUGACUCAAGAUGUGCUUGAUGAGCAAGCCAAGCUGAGAUGGGCCGACUUUGUGAUAUUCCACUUCCCCCUCUGGUGGUUCACAAUGCCAGCAAUUUUGAAGGGAUGGGUGGACAGGGUUUACACCUAUGGCUUUGGUCACGGCCUUGGAGAGCAUUCUGACAAACGCUGGGGAGACCGAUACGGAGAAGGCACAUUGACCGGGAAACGCGCUAUGCUGAUCGUAACUCUUGGCGGCUGGAAGGAACACUACUCGGCCCGCGGCAUUAGUGGCCCAAUUGAAGACGUUCUAUUCCCGAUUAACCACGGUAUCCUGUUUUACCCCGGCUUCGAAGUUCUACCACCAUUUGUCGCCUUCCGAGUCCACAAAACUAGCUUUGAUGAAAUGGCUAGUACACUCCGAAAAAGAAUGCGCGAAAUUGAGUUUACGAAACCUAUCCCAUAUCGCAACCAAAAUGACGGCGAGUACAGUAUCCCAACCUUGACUCUGCAUGAGAGUCAUGGUGGAGACCUCGCAUCUGGAUUCGGACUACAUACACGCACGGAAGUGGAGACAACCGACGUCAAAGAAGCGUGA